CUGCUUUGCCUAAUGCUGGGUUUGAUUGCCUACUUUCUUCAGAACCUGUGGUUUGAGAAUCUCGCAAGACCUUUGAUAGUCACCAUGGAUACAACGUAUCCGAUAGCCAACAUAGAAUUUCCAGCUGUUACGUUGUGCAACUUUAACAGAAUUAGUAAGAAAUCCCUUGACAAGCUUGUUAAAAAACAUUUUGCAAAAAAAACCUACAAAAACGAAUCCCGUGCUGAAAUGUUCAUGUUCUUUAGGCAACUGGGAAGAUUGAUUGACUUUUCUUAUAAUAAGACUUUGCAAGCUCAAGCGGUGCUUCAUUCCUUUGCCAAAUACAUCGAUGAAAAGAAAAUUGAUCAGUUGAUGGAAGAUCUAGCGCCACCUUGUGGAGAGAUGCUGGUGCGAUGUGCUUGGGCAGGUGAACUUAUUGAUUGUAAUGAAAAUUUUCACGUCCAACGCACCGUCCACGGUCACUGUUGCGCUUUCAAUCUGGUUAUAAGAGACAAUGAAUUUGGAGGGUUAGCUAGAACUAGUGACACGAUAAAAAGGCAAUAUCUCCCCGGCCAGUUGAAUGGCCUUAAUGUUAUCUUGGACCCCAUGGUUGACGACUAUUCAUAUACGCUGUUCAACAUGUUCGGAUUCGAAGUACUGAUAUAUGAUGCAACUCACUACGCGGACCACAAUAGUGGAAGUAUGAUCCAGCGUAUCGCUCAACCUGGCCAGGCGGCGUUCUUCGAGAUCUACGCUGUCAAGCAAAUCGCAACUGAGGAAGUCCGCAAAUAUCCGCCCACGACGAGAAAAUGUCUCUUCCGCGAUGACAUAAAAGAGAGGUAUUUUAACAUGUACUCAUACAGUGCUUGCAUAGUAAGGUGCCGGAUCAAGACAUUGAAAUCGCUCUGCAAAUGCGUUCCUUACUACGUUCAUGAUUUGGAUGAUAAUUAUCAGUAUCCAAAAUGCACUAUAGACCAUUUAGGAUGCUUAAACAGGUAUAAAGAAAAACUGUUUUACCUAUAUCCAAAAGACGCGACGAACACGGAAGGACUAGAGGCGGAGAUCCAGGGCGCACUGUACUGCCCGGAGUGUCUGCCGGAUUGCGAGCUGACACGUCACCACUCGAAGCACUCCAAGCUACCGCUUCCCGGCGUGACUCACCACAAUAAAGAGCUCUCAAGUUUCUUUUUUGAAGAUUUAAAUAUGACCGGUAAAUGCUUACUCAGCAUUUAUCAGGGAACAACGGAUGGAACAUUGAAUCGUUUUGACAUCGUAUUCUAUUGGUUCGAGAUUAUUAGUAACGUUGGCGGGUUCUGCGGUAUCCUCAUAGGUUUCUCUAUAAUUACCAUUCUUGAAUUUGUGUAUUUCUUUGUAUUCCGAUUUUUUGGCAAUUUGUUUAGCUCAUAUUAUUAUAAUAAUUAUUAACCAUUAACU